CACGACGACGUCUGGACCUGGUCUGAUACGCAUACGAUAUGCUAUACUAUACAGUUGCACGCACUAUAUGUAUACUGCUGCACAUUACUUUACCAAUCUGCUAGUUUUCACGGAAUCCUCAAAAUCUAUUAUUGCACGUUUGAAAUUUUGUACGAUUAAAAGGAUAUAAGGUUUAUUGUUGUUUCUUGUGCACGUCAUGCUUAUUCUAUGAAACUUAUAUAUAUAUUUUCUCUCGAUAACAAUAUUAGCCAAUAAACUUUAAUCAAGACAGAUGUUUAUAAAAUGUCUACAAGGUAUUUAAAAAAAGUUUAUGGCAAUGAUAUUGCUCUAGAGGAUAAUAAUGAAGAGUCGGAGCCGGAAUUGAAUGAUGUCCAAGUUGGAGGAAGUAAAAAAAAGCAAUUUAAUGUCUUUGACCUUUUAAACCAAUCGUCCGAUAAUGACGAUAAUGAGACUGAAAAUAUUCAAGAAGAUGAAACUGAAGAAGGAGAGGAAAAAAUUAAUGAUAAUAAAUCCAAAAGUAAGAAAAAACGUAAGAAGCAUAGAAAAGUUCAUAAGCAGAAAGAUACUCUAGAAGAAAUUUCAGAUGAUCAAAGCAAUAAAAGCCAAGAUAAUUUAGAUGAAAUUGAUCGAACAGUCCGGCAAAUUAAUAAACUAUUAGGUGAACCUGGACCAAGCACUAGUCUUGGAUCAGCAGACAAUCUACAGUUGUCCCUUAUAGCUAAAUCAAAGGAACAGACAUUAAUUGUACAGCACAAGCAUCUAAAUGCUUACAACGAAUUGAAAAGGAUAUUUGGGAGCAGAACUAUUCAAGCAGAACAAACCAAGCCAAGAAAUAGAGGUCGAACUGGGCAUUUAAAGAAGACUUGGUUAGUAUCUGUACGUGAAAAUAUGUUACCUAUUUCAAAAUCUGGUAUUUCUAUGACAAUAGACAGAACCAUGAAUGAAAAAGGGGUGCAGUAUUUUGUAUAUGAACAUAGCACUUCGUAUCGUCAGGUGCAACAAAAAUUUAUUAAUGCUGUCGAGAGUUUAAAUCCAGAAAAUAUCAUUAGUAUUGUGAAUGAACAUCCUUACAAUGUUGACGCACUCUUACAAUCAGCUGAACUGUGUAAAUUAAGUGAAGAUUUGGCAAUGGCAGCAAGACUCAUAGAAAGAGCAAUAUUUUAUUUGGAAUAUGCUUUCCAUCCAAUGUUCAAUAUGACUACUGCUAAUUGUAGAUUAGAUUACAGGAAACAACAAAAUCGUGCCUUUUUUAUAGCAUUGUUUAAACAUCUAGUUUUAGUUGGUGGUAGAGCAUGUUACAGAACUAGUUUAGAACUUUGCAAGUUAUUGCUCUCUUUGGAUCCUGAGGGAGAUCCAUUGGCAGUUGUGUUGAUGAUAGAUUUUUAUGCCAUUCGAUCAAAGGAGUAUGAAUGGUUUUGUGAGUUUUGUAAUUUAUGGGAGAAUUCGAGAAAUCUUCAACAACUCCCCAACAUUGCUUACAGUUUAGCACUCGCCUAUUUUCACUUGGGCAAGCAAGAAACUGCAGAUGAACUUUUGCAAAAUGCACUUAUCAUGUUUCCUGGUGUAUUAAAUCCAUUAUUAGAUAAAUGUAGCAUAAAUACGGAUUCUAAGGUGAAACUUCAUGAAUUUUUCACAACUAAAGCUGAAAGUAGUACACCACCAGCUUUGGAUAAAUUACAAACCUUAUACAUUGCAAGAAGUUUUCAUUUAUGGAAAGAAGCAGAAAUCUUACCAUGGCUUGAAAAAAAUGUAAACAUAGUUUUUCAACGACUAGAUUCCAAGGAUGAUUAUGUUAAGUUUUGUCAAGUUAAAAGGACUAAAAGAUACCAAGGGAAAUUACCGCGAAAUAUUUUAAGACAUCUCAUUGUUUCUGAUUUGAAAGAUGUUACAGUUAAUGUUCAAGGGAUACAAAAUGAAGGUUCAAUUUUGUCACAUGAUCCUCUGCCUCCUGAAAAUUCAAUAAAUAUAUACAGCAAUCCACGAACAGCAAGAAGAAACAAUGAAGCGCAUACUAAUCUUCUAUCAUUAUUUUUCUCUUCAUUUUUUAUGGAUCUAGAAAAUGAAAUUGCAGUUGCAAACGGUGCUAAUAAUCCAAAUGAUCAUCAGGGAUACCAAAACGAAUAUGACUAAGGCUCUCAACUUCCAAUAUAGUCAGCUAAGUUUUUCAAAUUUUGGUUAGUCAAAAUGAAACUUAAAAUAAAUUUCAUCAUUGUAAAUAAAUAUGAAUCGCAUAUUGUAACAAUAAAACAAAUAUUAUUUAAUACAUUUUAUUUUAAUACAAAUCUACAAUAUAAAAAAUGUUCAUUUUAGUCAUAGAUUUGUAAAAAUUAAGAAAAAAGUAAUACUAAUUUUGCCCCUCAUACAAAUUGUAUUUUUUAUACAUAUUUUUUUCAUUAACUCUGUGAGCUUUUUAUUAUGAAAUGUUAAGUUUGGCAUGAGUUUCAUAUAUAACUAUUCAAUAAAUUUAAUUUGUAUAAUAAUAAUAGUUGGUUAAUAAUUCGGAAAAAUAAAAAA